CUGUCGUGACACUGAGGAUAUGACAACCAAGAAGAAAAAACUACUUUUUUAUACAUUAUUCCCCCAGACUUUACAUUUGAUUUUUUCUCAUCGCAAGCCCCCUAAUGAAUUAAGAUUAACACGCGGAUAAAGAGAAGCGUGAACAAAGCAACUCUUACUUUUCCUCGAGUUGCGUUUAUUGAAUCGUGCUUCUAUCUAAGUAGUACUUAAAAACCUCGGCGAACUUCUUCUACCAUGAGAAGCGGAAGCAGUAGCGGAUUACCCUUGCAGGCGGCGGCCCCCGGCGGCCCUCUCGGGACAACGACAACUCAUCCGGGCGGGCGGAAAUUAUGCUUUUCGCGGUUUCUCGGCCGCACACUCACGAUCCUGCUGACCGCCGGAAAUGCGGCAAACGACUUGGGUACUAGUACGAACAUGGGUCUUCUACGCCCCGCCUUGGCGAAGGAACAACUGCAGGAGCCAUCUUCGGGCGCGACCCCCCGCGGGAACAACUACAACCCGGCGGCCGCUCCACCGCGGACCCAGAAGGAACAUCUUCAACAAGCGACUUUUCCGUUUCCCAAGCUGCCUCUGCCCGUGCUUUCCCAAACUGCGGUAGAGGACAGUGCGCUUCUCGCGGGUAUUCGACGACAUGAGGCGAAAAUGCGCGAGUUGCUGCAGUACGGAAAAGUUGUGCACCCGGGCGGGGGGCAGACCAACCGGAAAGGACGCGGAAUGGCCGCAAUGGAGUCCCACGCGAGCCGGGAGAACGCAAAUCACGACAUGGCAGGAGCAAAGGAGAUGAAGCGCCAGAUGAAAACAAGAACGCUAAAGCACCACUGGAACAACAAGAACGCGACUGCUGUGGCAGACUCAGGGUCGCGGUCGCCGCGACGCAGUUUGACCCACCACGACGACCUGAAUCCGGACUAUCCGGAUAUGAAAUACGUGGAAUUCCGCGGUGACCGGAUUGACCGCAAAGACGAACGGCCAACCAGUCUGUGCUUGUCGUUAUUCGCCCCGGACCACGACCACUGCACCCGGAAUCCGAUCACCAACGGCCAGGCGCAAGUCACCCUCCCGCUGUUGCCGGCCGGGUGCAAAGACGACCCCGGGUGCAAUAGUUGUGUCCAACUGAUGAUUGCCGGCGCAGUCUACUACGCGGGUGUGCACUGCGACACCCCGAACGCGUGUGCUACGGGACAAAGCGGCGUGUCGUGCCAACAGGCAGCCCAUCUAGCCGUUUAUUACUCAAACUACUACAAGGAGCUGCGCACCAUAGGCCAGAACACGGGGCCAGAGUCCGUUUCUCCGCAUUUUGUGACGGACACCCGCCACUGGCAACACUUUCUUCCGGUGGGUGUCUGUCGGGACAGUACGGGCGAGCUUCCGAAGCUGUCCGAUGGGACAACUACGGCUGCGCUAUGCAAGAAAAAAAGAACAAAAGCUGUGUAAGUAGUGUAGGUCUGCAAUGCAAAAUAUGCAAAACAGUUUCAGUGACAGUUGUCAUGCGGCUGGCCAGCCUUCGCGUCCUUUUUUCAUACCUCGUGCUGUGUUCACAGUAUACUAGCAUGAUUUCCUGCUGAUGCGGAACAAAUUUGUCAUGCUGUCAGCACACUAAAACACACCUACUCUCGUCACGCAGUUUUUUUCUUGGAUAUGGUUACGAUGGCUCCUACCGGCGUUUUGAGGGCCGCAACACGGGGUCCUGCGGCGAGCCGGUGUCGGUUUUGCAACCUCCUUGCUCGUCCAUUUACAGUUCGGGGUGCUCGGCGGCGCUAGACAGGACCUUCACGUGGCCUGUUCACGGUGGGGAUCAAAACCUGCAAGUCUCUCCGACCGGGGAUCCAUACGAAACCGCCGCACUCACCGCACAGCGGUACUGCGACGCCAACCGGGGCACCUGCCAGGGAUUCUAUGUGUCGAAGAUACCCCACCGCGGGUGGUGGGCUGCUUACGGACUUGGUGCGACUCACAGCUUUCGCUUCAUUAGGCCGCUCAGUAGCACGGACAAAAUUCAAUCGAGCCCGGAGACCUACAAGCCGCAGGUCGGCAUGUCGACCGUGUCUGCCGCGUCCUGCUCUACCGGCGGUGUGUAUAUCAGUGAGCACGGGGCUACUGUGGAAUUUGACCUGUACGUGAGAGCGGUGGGUGCCUUGUCUUGCCCGGAGUGGGUUGAAGGCAUCGAGAAGCUGGCGGGGGGCACGGACGAAAAACAGGGCUGCGUUAUCCUAGGCAAAAACGUCCCCACCCCAAAAUCAAGAGAAAUCUGCUAGACAAAUCAGCCAGCUUUGGUUGAUGUCCUGCCUGACAAUUUUGGCCUCGUAGCGUGUUCCUGUUUAGCUUCUUCAGCAGCAUCACAGAUCUAGCCUAUCACCCUGAUUGGAGCGCGACAAAUUGCGAAUCACGGCUAGAAGCAUAUAAAUCGAAUGCUUGCUUAUGCUUCUCAUGGGGCUCCACACGAGAAAUAUUUUUAGCAUGCGCCUCUGCGUUGCAGCUAUAGGGUGGGGACGUUUUUGCAUAGGAUAUGCGGACCUGCGUACCAGAACCGCGUGUGCAGCAACAAGGAGAAUGGCUACUGCAACGAGGCGACGGGGCGGUGCGAGGCGACGCCCCCCACUGCGGACGCGGUCGGCCGUGCGUUCGCGGGCACGUACACGCGAACCGAACUGUGGGACUUUUAUUCCUACCCUGGCUGCACGGACACCUCUACGGGCUCGUUCACUCACGACGGUCAGGUGUUUGGGAACAAGUGGUUCACGGAGGCCUUUUACAACACGGGUCAGAUGGUCCUGCAGACGGCCGAGGUCCUCAGUUGGGGGGUGUGCGACAUCAACACGGACGAUAUCACAAGGAAAAGUCCCCCCUCUCCAUAUCAAAAGGAAGUUUCUGUUGCUGGACUUGCGGAUACAAAUCAGGUUUGUCUUGCAGUAGAGGACUGCAGGCUCCUGCCAAGCCUGAGUAGAGAGCUUUUGGCCUAGGCGCUUAGCAUGAGAAACGACUAUGCUGUAGGCCCAACAGCAUCACAAACCGCCUGCAUAAUGCGGCAAAGCCUGUGGAGUUGUCUUCUUGCAAGACAGACGUGAUUUGUGGUCUCAAAGCAGCAAGACAAAUGUCCGGAAACAUACUUUUUCGAUAUGGGGAGGGGGGAUUUUUCCUCUCAAUAGACGAGCGCGACGAAGUGGAGCGGCGGGUGGAGGUGCCCUUCGCGGCCGGCCUGCAGUCCAUAUGGAUUGCAAAUAUGUCUGGGUCUGGAAGAGUACAAACUUGUGAUGCGCAUUUCAGAACACAGAAAAAUCUCUGAUGCAUAGAUAGCAAAAGCUGCCCACUUUCUGUCACCAAAUGGGGCGACAUUUGUCAUGCGGAUUCGGCAUUGCGAACGCUUCUCGAAACCUGUGUGAUGCUAGAGCUUCCAUGCCAAACCUUCUACGUCAUGCAAAAACAGCAUGAGUCCAGACCCAGACACUUUUACAUUUGAUAGUCCACCUGCGAGGGCGAUUUCCCGGCGUGCUCCAACACCUGUCCCACCGCCUUCAAUGGGGUCUGCGAGGAUGGAGGCGCGGACGCGGAAGUUGCGGCGAACGCAGCCUUUGUCGGCGUGGACCCGCCCCGGUCAAAGGGCGGGAACCAGGUCGGCGCGGUAUUACAAUGAAAAAUGCCCCCUCCCCAUAUCAAAACGGAAAUCUGUGAUGCAGAUUUGGGGUCACAAAUCAGCUUUGUGAUGCUAGAAGGCAAAAGAUGCGGACUGUAGUGCUGUCUAGCGUGGGAAAGCCUUGCAGCUCCAGGAUGACAGGAGGCAACUGGAAGUGGGAAACAGCAUGACAGAUUACCUGCAAUUUAGGCCGCAGCUUAGUCUCUUGGCCCUCUAGCAAUACAAGUCCAUUUGUGUACUCAAAUACAGCAUCACAAAUUCGCGCAUCUUCCGUUUCCGAUAUGGGGUGGGGGCUUUUUUCACUUUGAUACGCGGUCAAGUUUCGCUGCCCCCGCGGUACCGACUGCGCGGACUGCGGGGUGCGCGCGGGCGUGUGGCGGCGCGUGUUCCACAGCCGCCUGGAGUGCGGGAUGGACCCCGACCCGGUCACGAGCCAGGCGAGCAUGAGCCAGGAACUGGAAACCGUCUUCGGGGGCACCAAUCACGACACGUACGACUACUACGCGCGGGUGCGCAUCUGCCGCCGGGGCGCGUGGCGGGUGCACCCACACCUGGAGGGGGAGUUUCCCGGGGACUGCCUGGAAACGCUGGCCACCCUGAACGUGGGGCACCACCUGGGCUCGUGGCCGGGCGUAGUGCCGGCCUUCCACGGGAUCCAGGAUGGGGCGCUCCCCCCCGCUUCGCCCACGGAAGUUUGCUCGGUGAACUGCCUCGCCGCGCACCCGGACCUGGGCAAGCUCGACAUGGGGGGGACCGCCGGCGCGGCCCAGACGCACGCGUACCAGCAGCCGGUGCACCAAUGGCGCGCCAGCAAGCGGGUACGGCCCAUGACCUUUGGCGCGAACGCGGACACGCUGAUGAAGCAUCUGGUGUACGACAAGAAGCAGUCGAGUCUGUACGAGAACGGCCUGUACGACGGCGGCUCCAGCAGCAGCCUGCGCGUCACGUACGGCUCCACCACGCAGUGCGCGGCCAAUGUCCCCACCGGGUUUGCGGAGGCGGCGUGGGGCGUGACGGCCGCACCCGCGUUGCCGCUGCACGCCCCCGUUGACGCGGAGGACGACUCGGUCGCGGUCUACCUGUCCUGCCCCUCCGGGUACCCGGCCACCACCGCCAGCCCCCGCGCGAGCUGCACGGCAGCGGGGACCUGCCGUCCUGGGGAAUUGAUCGGCACCCUGCCGUGGUACGCGGAGGCUGCGGAGACGAAGUUUUAUCUCACCUACCGGUACGACGCCUACCUGGGCACGACGGGAAACGAUUGCGUGACGAACGCGGACUACGUGCGCGACACCAUCGCCCCGAAGAUCAAACAGGGGCUGGUACAGUUUGUGAAAUCGCAGACGUUUGACCAAACUUCUGGGGCAGUCGACAGUUACGUCUCCAUGUACCACGACGCCGCCGCCGGCCAGCUCCUCGAUGACGAGACCGCGAUCUUUCCCGCGCUCUUUUCCCUCCGGUUCGACUCCACGUGCGAGAGCGUGAGCCUCGGCAACACCCCGGCGGCCCGCGAGUACUACGGCGUUCUGCAUGUGGGCCCGUUUAACUCGGAGCGGGACGCGCUAGUUGUCAAAGCCGUCCUGGACGGCGCCUCGCAAGGCACCCCGCGGUACGUGCAGCGGCUGCACACGGCCGCGAAGUCCGCCGUGGAGACGCAGGUGGAGAGCGCCGCGCCCUCCCUGGCCUUCAGCCACGGUGUCACGGCGCUGCAGUCGAACGGGGUCGGGGACGUGCCGGCCUUGACGGCGAUUCCGAAGUGGGACGCGUCCGCCUACGACCCGGACCCGAAGUACGCGGCCUUCCAGACAAACGCGGCCGGGGUGGGCGACUACGCGGUUCGGUGGAAGCUCGGCCUGUUCAUGCGGUUGCCGUCCGAGAUUUGCCCGACGAGCGACGAUUCAGGCGCCCGCGCGAAGCUCGAGAAGCCCCUCGCGUACGCGGUUUACAACUUUUUGCGCGAGUUCGGGCAGGGGAAGAAGCAACAGGCGGGGAAGCCGGAGGCGGUCAGGGCGCUGAGCUACCUCACGCAGAGCGACGUGCGGCUUGCGGAGUGCGACUGCGAGGCGGUCGCCGCGGGAACCAAGGCGUGGCAGUUUUUCACCGUGGAAGUCUUUGGCCUGAUAAACGGGGCGGACGCAGCGAACCUGGCGGGCUUGUUCGCGCUCGCGGACGGCGUUGGCGCCUCCGAAACGGUGCAAAAAGCGUUGGUGCAGGGGUUGGAAGCCCACCUCACGACGUAUCUCAGUGGUCUGGCCGCGGAUAUGUACCCCCCGGCGCUCCUGCCCGUGGUGCAGACUGACUUUAAGACUGGUGGCAUGUUCGACUUUUACGAUGCGCAAAGUUUCGGAAACACGGACGUUCAGAACCCCAGCGUGUACCAGCAGCUCGUCACCACCUCCACCUCGAC